AUGAAUGUGCAUUCAUUUAAGGAGACAGCUUCUGUUGGAAAUCCAUCUAGCACAAAUCCAUUAGCCACAGAAAAUCCUAAUGCAUCAAAAAUACCUACAAAUAGGCUACCUUCUUUAUUAGCAGCACAACAUAUUAAUAUUAUUAUAGACUUCAGUCACCUUCUCAUAGAGGUGGCAUUUCAAGUGAUAUUGGUAGAGGGGUAUCACUUCUGUCAAGAUUAUAGUUUUCUCGAAUUCGUUGUAAUAUGA